AUGCUGUCCCCUUCCUGCACGAUGGCAUGCUCGAGAACCUGUUCCCGCAUCCUGGGGCUGAGCCUGGGGACUGCAGCCCUGUUUGCUGCUGGGGCCAAUGUGGCACUCCUCUUUCCUAAUUGGGAUGUGACCUAUCUGCUGAGGGGUCUCAUUGGCAGGCAUGCCAUGCUGGGCUCUGGGCUUUGGGGAGGAGGUCUCAUGGUACUCACUGCAGCUACCCUCAUCUCUGUGAUGGGAUGGAGAUAUUGCUGUUUCAGUAAAAGUGUACCCUGUCUAAGUUUGCUCACUGCUCUGUUUUCAAGUGGCCUGGCUUUGCUUGGAGCCUUGAUUUGCUUUAUCACUUCUGGAGUAGCCCUGAAAGAUGGUCCUUUUUGCAUGUUUGACGUCUCAUUCUUCAAUCAGACACAAGCUUGGAAAUAUGGCUACCCAUUCAAAGACAUGCAUAACAGGAAUUAUUUAUAUGACCAUUCUCUCUGGAACUCUGUCUGUCGGGAGCCCUCUAAAGCUGUCAUUUGGCACGUGUCCUUCUUCUCCACACUUCUGUGCAUCAGCCUCUUCCAGCUUCUCCUGGUGGUCAUUCAUUUCAUCAACAGCUUCCUUGGCCUGUUUUGCAGCCUGUGUGAGAAGUGA